GGGCUGGGGCCCAUAGAGCACCAUGUGUCCACGCCCAGCCCAAGCCCACCACCUUCCUCCAGACAUCACCAACGGUCGACACACGUGGCAGAUAAACUACUCUAACCUCUCCAAACUCUUCCUCGCUCAUUAUCCCCGCCCCCGUGAGCUCCCAUGGCGACUCUAAGCUUCAAUCCCUCAAGAAUCCGAAACCCCGCGCUCCGAUCUCGUAAACCCACCUGCAACUCCACCUCCCCAUCAAAACCGACCAAAAUAUCCUGCCAAUUCUCAAGAUUUCCGCCGAAACGCCCCCUAAACCACCGAAAAUGGCAUCGUUUCCGGCCCAAAUCGGCGUCGGAAACUCCGGUUUCGGCGCCCAAAGAGGCGAAGAUAGGCGACGAAGACGAUGACCCGACUGAGGAACUGAGCUACCUCGACCCGGAAGUGGAUCCCGCGAGCAUUUUGGAGUGGGAAAUGGACUUCUGCUCGAGACCCAUUUUGGAUAUCAGAGGGAAGAAGGUUUGGGAGCUGGUUGUUUGCGACGAGUCGCUGUCGCUUCAGUAUACCAAGUACUUUCCCAACAAUGUCAUUAAUAGUAUCACCUUGAAGGAUGCUAUGCUGGGGAUCUGCAACGAGUUGGGUGUGCCUUUGCCGGAUAGAGUUCGCUUCUUCAGGUCGCAGAUGCAGACAAUUAUGACAAAAGCAUGUAAUGAGCUCAGUAUAAAGGCUAUUCCAAGUAAACGGUGUCUAUCACUACUACUCUGGCUGGAAGAACGCUAUGAAACUGUAUACAUGCGCCAUCCUGGUUUUCAAAAGGGAUCUAAGCCACUUCCAGUACUAGAUAACCCAUUCCCAAUGGACCCUCCAGAAGAUCUUUUUGGGGAAAAGUGGGCAUUUGUCCAGUUGCCUUUUUCAUCUGUUAAAGAAGAGGUCUCUUUAUUAAAGACAAGAUUCGCCUUUGGAGCAAGCAUGGAUUUGGAUCUGUUGGGGAUUGAAAUAGAUGACAAGACAUUAAUUCCAGGACUAGCUGUUGCAUCCUCGCGUGCUAAACCAUUAGCAGCUUGGAUGAAUGGAUUAGAACUGUGUUCCAUUGAAGCUGAUGUAUCCCGGGCACGCUUGCUUCUGUGCGUUGGAAUUUCUACACGGUACGUUUAUGCCACCUAUAAGAAAAAUCUGGCAACUACAAGUGAAGCUGAAGCUUGGGAAGGUGCAAAGAAGGCUUGUGGAGGCUUACAUUUCCUUGCCAUACAAGAGGACUUGGACUCAGAUGACUGUGUUGGAUUUUGGCUGUUGCUAGACUUGCCACCUCCACCUGUAUAAACAAAUAAUGGAUAACAAAAUAUAUUAGUUGUUCUUAACAUUUCCUUCUUAAUUAUAUUUAUACAGGGCUGUUGGUAUGAGUCCAAAUUCCCACC